AUGGAACCGGUUAUUGACGUGACAGAAAUAAAGCAAGCUCACGCAAAGAUCCAGCUAUGUGAUCAGAAAGGGUCAGAUAGUCAAAGCCCUACCCCUGUCGGUUCACAGUCCGGGAAUGAUUAUGCCCCUCUUCCACCCAAUAUUCCAGAUGGCCGUAUGUUGCCUCAUAUGAUUGAGCAUACAAUUGCACCUCCUGAAGUGCGAAAGUUCGCAAAUCCAGCACCUCUUGGUCUCUGUGCCUUUGCACUCACGUCGUUUAUGUCAAAUAUCAUGAACGUGCACAUGGGCUUAUCAACUGCUGCGCAAAAUGUGGCCUCCGGUCUAAUAUAUGGGGGCACUGCUCAAUUCUUGGCUGGCAUGUGGGAAAUGGCUCUCGGAAACACCUUCGGUGCGACUUCCUUUUGCUCCUACGGAGCUUACUGGAUCACCUUCGGCGUCAUCUCUGAUCUUGAAGGAACCAAUACCUUAAGUACUUCAGCUACCCCGGUAUGCCAGAAAGAAACAUUAAUGGGACUUUUUCUGUUGGCAUGGUUCAUCUUCACCACUCUGAUGCUCCUAUGUACAUUGAAGUCAAGCUUGGCCAUGUUCCUCUUGUUUUUCUUUCUCGACAUGAACUAUCUACUUCUUGGAAUUGCCAAUAUGAAAUGUGAUUCUCAAGGAAACAUAGCUGUCACUACUCAGCGACUAGGCGGCUACUUUGGCCUCCUGGCAGCUUUUACGGCAUGGUAUAACGCAUUUGCGGGUAUCUUCGAUAAGAGCAACGGAUUCUUCACUGUUCCUCUUGGCCAUUUCCCUUGGUCACCUGCCGUUAGAGCGCAUGCGCAUCAGGCCAAGUUUAAAGAGGUGUGA